CGAGCUGUACCUCCUUGAUUCCACAACACAUGUUAGGGGCCCUCGAUCUCGCGGCCUUUGAAUCGAAACGAGAGUCACUCAUAUCGUUCCCAGAUGUGCCGACACUGAGUAAGCGGUCAAGUGUGGUCACGUAUUACAACCCGGGGUAUGCCCCACUCAUGCCU